AUGGAUCCACAAAAUUCGGAGAAACACUCAGAGGCAUAUGCACAGCCUCCAGCAUACUAUGAGCAGGCACCUCCUCUGCCUCCUCGCACCGCUAGCACGUCAAGCACAUUGCAGCCAGGCGGCGGACAGCCAUCAUAUCCAGCACCCCCUCAGAGAUUGCUGAGCGCGAGGUCAUCAACCGAAGAUAUCUCAUCACCAGUUCAUUACACCCGAGACCCGCACAAACUUGUGGCAUAUCUGGUACCCUUCCCCAAACCAAAGCUUCAUGGCAUUCCACCAGAGGCCAUUCCUGCCAGGUUCCUAAUCUACACGCCCCCACCUCCUCCUUUGAAAUCACCCAAAGAAGGAGAGAAGGAGGCCAAGGUCCACAAACUGCAACGAAAAUGGCAAGAGGAAGUACGUUCAGCAAAAACCUCGACUGCCAAAACUGCAAUCGGGCUCGAAGAGAUGGUUCUUAUCUAUCCUAACAGCAUCAAAAGUUCUCCAGAUCAGCUCAAGAUCGAGUUUGUCCAAUCAAUGAUGAGAAGCAAGAGUAAAGCUCAGAGAGACUCUGUCAUCGCCACCGGAUUGCUACCUGUGUCUGCCGCCAUCGAUAUCAUGGCCACGUUGAUCUGGCCAUUCGGAGGACUGCUGGAGAUUGACGCAGUCUGGGCAGCUGCUUCGAUCAGAGGUGCAAAGAUUUCUCGUAACGUGACGAAACGACUCACGUCGACCUCCACCACCGGCAAGCAUGACGAAGACACUUUGAAGCUUUCCUUCACGCCCUCUCCUCGUCUUGAAGUACUGGACAAAUACCUAGGGGCGAAAUGCCAUGACAAAGAUGCAAAGACUUUCCCCUCGUUCGGCGCUGCUCCGACCGAGACAGAUUGUCUCCAAGCUAUUGGAUGGGCACCCAGUCAAACUGGUGGCGACGCGAAGAACUGGGAGGACGAGCACUGGGAGACUGCGGAGGUCAAGGAGGACUUGAAGACUGUCAUGACUAAAGCAGCACGUGAAUGGGAGAAAUGGUGUAAAGCCUAUGAGAAGAACCCCGAGAAGGCAGUGAAGAAGUAA